CUAUUGAGCCAACACACUUGCACAAAGUGACGACCUGUUUACAUAUAAAUAUACCCAACAGAGAAUACUUGUAUUUUCUUGUGCAAAACGUUCCUGCUGGAUAAAGAUCGCAUAAACGUAGACCAACUGACUCAAACUAUUGAUCGCAAACUUCGUUUUGCUGGUGAAACUAAUAAUUGAUGAGCUUAGCUUGACGUAUUUGUAAUUGGAUUAUAACUACAGUACUCUUCAUUUCGGAGGAAAGUGAAGGUUGCGAGGAGCAGGCGGCGAAAAAUCUCGUUCACUCGGCAGAAGUCCGCUUGUCGGGCCCAGAGACUGUCCGCGUAAAAAUGUCACAACUCGGGACAGCCUUUGUCCUUAUCCUCCUAGGGACAAUAGCACAAAUACAGUCGCAGAACUGCGGUUCGAGUCUUGGUGAUCGGCUUUCAGGAAACUGUACGCCGACCACACCGCCUUCAUGCCAACUACAAAACAAUCUGAACCUAGUCGUCAAGGGCUGUUCACCGGUUGUUUACCUACUUAACCAUACAAGCCCAGAGGAUGCUGCUCAGGGAAUAUGCGUCCGCCAGAAGUUGGAUCUCGUCUUCAUGAUGGACGAAUCGGCCAGCAUCUACCCGCGUCAGUUUAAACAACAGAAAGACUUCGUCAAACAGAUUGUCGAAGGAUUCGAAAUAGGGCCAGAAGACACCCAGAUAGGCCUCCUGACGUUUGGAUGGGGCGCCAAGGUCCGUUUCAAUAUGAACUCUUACAAGCGAAAAUCGCAUGUUCUUCAGGCGAUAGAUUACGUUCGACAGCGAGGCGGAGACACGGACACUGCUGAGGCCCUCCGAGUGGUCCGUGAAUAUUGUUUUGAUGAUGAUCAUGGAAGCAGGGCGAAAUCAGGAGAUGUCCGUCAGGUUGCAGUGAUUAUUACCGAUGGAAUAUCCUUGGAUGGUGGUAAAACAAUCGAAGCUGCCAAAAAGACUAAGGAAAAAGGGAUCAUCAUCAUAACCAUUGGUGUUGGACAGAAGAUCAAGUUUGAGGAAUUAGAAGAAGUAGCCUCUCGGAAGGACUACGUAUUUGCAGUGGAUGACUAUGACGAGUUAGCUUCUCUUGUCAGUAGAAUUGGACCAAGUGCUUGUCGACCCAUACAGGACCAACCUCAGGCCCCCCGAGGCCCAACAGACCCUGAUGCGCCAGGGGACCAACCACAACUCCCGGCAAGCCACGCGGACUCUCUUGGUCUACCUACCCGGCCUCUGGCUGUAGUGGCCUCUGAAGCAAUGACCAUAAGUACAAAGGGAUGUGAGAACAAGGUCCUCGAUCUUUUUUUCAUCCUCGAUGUAUCAUUGGGGUACUUUGAUAUCCGGCGUAUGAUGGGCUUCGUGGCCUCCACGGUCUACGCCAUGAACGUAACCGGGUCAAAAACGAGAAUCGGUCUGAUCACCUACAGCAAUAACGUUCACGUCUACUUUGAGUUGAACGAGAAUAUGGAUAAGCAAGAGGUGUUACAGGCCCUACGAACUGUUCGGCGGGUCCCGAAGCGGACGCGGAAUGCAGCGAACGUCCACGAAGCCUUAAAGACGGUGCGAGCGCAUCUCUUUGACCAGAAGUACGGCGCGAGGAAAUUUGCUGCCAAGGCUGUUGUUUUGAUCAGUGAUGAAUCCGAACCGGACAACGGCACCUUCAACGAAGCUGCGAAGAUCAGGGAGCUGGGAGCAACGAUAUUUGCCUUCGGAGUACGGCAUUGGGUCAGAGCGAAGGAUAUCUUACCACUUGUUGGCUUGAAGACGCCUGAGUAUAUGUUCCUUGUGGACAGUUAUAAGAAGCUAGCCGAUAAACGGGCACAGCUGAAUGACAUGCUCUGCAAGGUUCAGGCAGCAUUAGGAGUAGAAAUGGAUUCCUGCAACAAACCAAACCCAGUAGACUUGGUAUUCAUCCUCGACGAGUCCUCCAGCAUCCCGUACAAGUCUUUUGUAGAGGAAAAGGAUUUCAUGAAAAACGUCGUAAACCAGUUCAAGAUCGCCCCAAAAAGGUCGAGAGUUGGCUUGAUAAGCUAUUCGACCAAUGCUACUGUUCAGUUUUACCUAGAUACGCACAAGACGAAUGCUGGUGUUACGAGUGGCGUGGACGAAUUGAGGAGGGACGGCGGAGAUACGAGCACGUGGGAGGCACUCCGUGUGUUGCGCACUUUUGGUUUCCGUGACGGCGUCAGGCACAGGAACCGACGAAGGCGGCGAAGGCGACACGGAGAGAAACCUAAAAUCGGCAUCGUGAUCACAGACGGGAAGUCGCAGCGACCAUGGGAGACCGCCCGGGAGGCGCUGAAGGUCCAGAAGACUGGCACGAUCCUAUUCGCAGUGGGCAUAGGGAACAACAUCAGUUUCGAUGAGCUGCACAGCAUCGCCUCCGCCGACGACUUUGUCCUGACUGUGGAUAGCUUCCAUGACCUCCGAGAUAUUGUCGACCUUGUCAGCAUAUUGCUUUGCAAAGUCAGCCACCGCCAAAUCAAUAUCCCUCUCCCUGGCCCACCCCUUGACUUGAGAAAGGAAACCUACAAGAAGGGCGUAGAUGUGGUCUUCGUGAUGGAUACUAAGAACGCCGGACAGAUGGAUACGAGUAAAGUGGCAAAAUUCGCCAAGAAGGUCGUGGAAAGGUUCCACAUUGGAAUAGAUGGACUACAGGUUUCAGUCAUUCCAUGUGGUUGGACGGCCAUCCCCAGCUUUAACCUCAACACGUACCAGACUAAGGAAGAGGUCAUCAACAAGUUGGAGAUGAACUUGGAUCAUGAUCUGAAGACAUUACUCGCAAAGGUUGCCGGAAGAUCGUUCAGCGCGGACCACGGCGCACGACCGCGGGGCCAAGCGAGGAGGAUCGUGGUGGUGAUCACGGACGAACCGGUCAUUGACCUUGACAGUGUACAGAAGGAAGCUUACAAUAUCAAGGCGCAGUCGGCCCACGUGUACGUCAUCGGCAUUGGAAAAAUGGUGCGGAGAAGGCAACUGGAGAUGAUUUCGAGCGACCCCAUUGGCCAUUACCUCAUCAUGUUACCUAACUACAAACAGCUGAUCAAUGAUCAAUCCAUCUACAGGCACAUUGCGCACGCAAUCUACAAAGAGUAUUCCAUGCGAGACAAUGCGUGAUCUCACGUGACGAGAAAAGGAACAGUCUCCAUGAUCAACCUGCCAUUACGUUUAGGGCCUAAGAGAGACGAUGAUUGUGAUUGGUUGUUUUUUAAAUCGGUUCAAACUGAAAGGUUGAUGACGAUUGGAUGACGAUUUCUACCAGACAUUCCUUACGCUGUGAUAUGGUGGGGCAUGGAUGUACCCAGUAUGAAGGAAGUGGUGUAGAUGACAUCACAAUAAAGGAACCAGUGUAAAUACAUGUUUAUGAGUAUUAUUAUAUAAAGAUAUUAUAAGGACGGACACAAUUCGGGUCAAUAGCCAUCACUAUUGAAGAGGAAACGUUGGUUAGUACUCAAGGAUGGUGUUGUUCAAGAGUGCAGAAUUGUUGAUAAAUGUUUAGAGUGUGUGGGAUCUAGUGCAAUUCAUAAGCUGAAGAACUAUCAUCACGAGAUACUAGAAUAUGAACUGUGAACACUAGUUAUAAGUACCAAGGAUACAUUCGUAAUGCAUCCUUGUGAAUUAAAUACAACUGUAGCAUUUGGAGGUUUUAGGAUGUAGAAUUAUAUUUAAUGAUGACUAAUGAAUGGUCCAAAAGACCAAAUGACAUAUUCAAAGUUCUUGGGUUCAGUUCGACCUAUAAUUCAUUUUCGCCCCGCUGUUCGAGAUAUACAUAUUCACAUAUGAUAGCAAAUAUUCAUCCAAAAACUUUAAAAACCUUGUGAGACUCCUCGAUUCGCCCGUCUCCAGAGCUCCUCUUGUGAAUAUUUCAUUUAUAUUCAACAGAAAUCGUAUCUGUCCAUGUUGUCAAUAGCUUUAAUAUAUCUACAUACUUAUUUAUGAAAUACUUGUAACAUGUUCGUGUACAUAAUGAAACAUCGAAAUACUUCUGAUCUCACUCAUGGCCAAAAAAAUAUUUGUAUAGGACUGUCAAUUUAUAAGCUGCGAUAAUGCUCCUCUUCAGUUCCGGCGAUAGUUUCACGAGGUUGAAAAUUCUAUGUACUGUGAGAUUGGAGAGACCCCUUUUUGCGACUUGUGUAAUAACUCAAUAUGAACUGCCAGGCUCCUGCGAAAGCUUGUUGAGGUUACGGCAGUCAUAGUUUUCACUGAUUCCCUUACUGUUCUUUACACGGCAGGAUUUUGGCUGAUAAUGUUUUGGAGAUAUAGUAUAAUAUAGAGAUGUUGAAAAAUCAACACUGGGGCCGCCUUUUCGUGCUUUCAUCAGUUCCAAAAUAAUUGGGCCCCAUCGAGUGGAUCUUUGAUCUACCUCGAAGCGCCAAAUGUAGAAAGAUGAUACUCAAGACAGGUCGGCUGACCGCAUAACGAAAUAUGCACGUCUUUCGAAGGAUGCACGUAUGUUGGUUGCAUGACUUGGUUGGUUUAUAUCAUUGUUCAUAGUUUGCUUUCAGUGCAAUGCAACUGACUGGUGAAUAAUAAAGGGACUGAACACCAAGGUUCAGACAUCUCGACGUUUGGCAAAUCGGUUUUGUGUUCAACAAAAUGGUAAGGCAAUGCUUUUUGUCAAUAAGUGACCUUCGAUCGGCGUACGUAUUCCCUUUUACGGUCUUUCCUGACCUUGUCAACCAUACAGAUAUAGUGCACAGUUUCAUUUUCACGGUGUAUUUGUUGUGUUCAGGUUAUUUAUAUACAGUGUAUAUUCUAAUAAAUUACUCAUUUACCA